AUGGACAACGAACAGCCGCACCAAGAGCUGGUGAAGUGCGUCGUUGUCGGCGACACCGCAGUGGGCAAGACGCGUCUUAUAUGCGCCCGCGCCUGCAACAAGCACGUCUCACUGUCUCAACUGCUCAGCACGCACGUGCCAACAGUCUGGGCGAUAGACCAGUAUAGAAUUUACAAAGAUGUGCUCGAACGCUCAUGGGAGAUCGUGGACAGUGUUAACGUCUCACUGAGGCUAUGGGACACAUUCGGAGACCACGAGAAGGACCGACGGUUUGCCUACGGCAGAUCGGACGUGGUUCUUUUAUGUUUCUCAAUAACAAAUCCGGUAUCACUAAGGAACUGUCGGUCUAUGUGGUACCAGGAAAUAAGGAAAUUUUGUCCCCAGACUCCAAUUUUGCUGGUAGGCUGCAAAAACGAUCUCCGGUACAUGUACAGAGAUGAGACCUAUCUAUCUUAUUUCCGGGAUAGGAGCCCGUUUGUCCGAGCAACUCGGAAGAGCGAUUUGGUGAUGCCAGAUGAGGCGAGAGCAGUCGCACGAGAUUUGGGAGUGAGUUACUAUGAAACUUCAGUUUUUACGUAUUUUGGUGUGAAUGAGGUGUUUGAAAAUGCUAUACGUGCUGCUUUGUAUGCUAGAAAACAACAAAGAUUUUGGAUUACGAAUCUCAAGCGUGUUCAGAGGCCCAUUUUACAGGCCCCAUUCUGUCCGCCCAAACCUCAGCCCCCCGAAGUGACUGUAGCUGCGAGUGCUUACACCGAGCACAUGUCCAGCAUGUUGUCGUCGCAGCAGCACACCGACAUGGUACUGGUCACUGGAAGCGUCGGCUUUCCGGUGCACAGAUUUGUAUUAGCCGCUAGCUCAAAUGCAUUCCAUAGGUUACUAACAAUGGAGUUUUCCGAUAUCGGAGCGAGAAGUAGCAGCGAGUCGAGCAUGGUCAGUAGUACAUUUGGUGAGGCGACUGCAGGGGAAUUUAAUGAAGAUACUGAAUAUCUUAUAAGAACAGAGCAAAAAAAAUCAAUUAGAGUUUGGGAACAGUUGAAACGUAGAAGUAGUUGCCAAAUAUUGUCAACGUCGGAACACAAAAAAUCUAAUGAUUUCUGUAGAGAGUUGCAUCAUCCUGUUUUUCAAUCAAUUCGUAUUACACAGGUUGAGGAAUCAGCAAGCGUUUCCAGCAAUCAAACAGUAGUGACUCUCAGUAAACUAAUUACUCCGCAAGCAAUGCAACAAUGUUUGAGGUUUAUUUACACUGGCAGUAUUGAUCAGAGAUGUCUCGAAUUACAAGAAUUAAGACAGGCUGCAGAAUUCUUAGAAUUAACACAAUUAUUGGUAGUUUUAUCAAAUACUCAAACGGGUCAGCAAUUUACCAAGUCGAAUGAAGAAGCUGUCGAACAUUAUUCAUUGUCAAUGAGACGCCGGCUUGAAGAGUUGUGCAUCGAACAAGGUUUGUUUUCUGAUAUCAGCUUCGCUCUGGAUGAUGGAACCUACCCUGGUCACAAGCCUAUGCUAAUAUCUCGCUGUGAUAUGAUGAGGGCCAUGCUGACGGGCCAAUUCAGGGAGUCGCAAGCCAAAGUGAUCGUUUUUCCCGGUGUGCGACAAUAUACAUUUCAUAAGCUAUUAUGUUAUUUAUAUACAGACGAAGUGCCAGCCAUUUCUGCCGCAAGAUGUUUAAAUAUAUUAGAAUUAGCAAAUCGAUUAUGCCUUCCCCGUUUCCUGAACCUAAUUGAAUUUCGUGUGAUCGAGGAUUUAUCAAGACUUUCGCAAAACGAAGGAAAUGAAUCUAUUGAACAUUGUCUUCGGCUUUUGGAACCGGUCAAGUUGCAUAAUGCUCACCAGUUAGCAGAAUGGUGCAUGAACCAUCUUUGCGUGAAUUACAACAAACUUUGUCGCGCGUCACCAAGAAGUGUUCGAUUGUUACAUCCUGACAAUCAGGAAUAUUUGCGUGAGCAUCGAUGGCCACCAGUAUGGUAUUUGAAAGACUAUGAUUACUAUCAACGAUGUACUAAUGAAAAUAGCAAAGAAAAUAAACUCAGGGAUUCCAAUAGUGACUCUGGCUGUUUGUGUUUCAAAUCAGGAAAAUCGCGCAGCUCAUCUAAGGAACCAGCAGAAACAAACAUCGACGUUUCUACUAAUUUGUUCCAAAGUAAUGCGAAUUCAGUAAAUCAACUUGAAGACAUAACACUUUGACAACAAUACAGUGAGCAUUGGAGAUCUCUUCGAUUUGUUGUGAUUCUUCCAGUGCUCAUCAUUUUCAUCUGCACCAUUUUGACCAUUCUUAUCGUGUUCCAAACUUACACAUGAAAAGCUACUGAAAAAGAAAUAGCAUUAAGUUUAUAUAUAAGUAUAAUAUAAUCACAAUAUUGGAAAAAAUCCACUAUGCAUAUAAUAUAUGCACACAAAUAAUAUCUCAAUUAUCUAUAGAAAUUUAAAUCAAUCAAUUAUUUUAUAUACUUUUACAUAAUAACUGCACACACUAAAAUAUAUGCUUAUAGUUUUCAUUUCCCACAGCAGCAGAGCAUACCUACUAAAAAAUAUGUUAAAACUGACAUCAAAUAAUCUUGUAAUAAUGUUAAAAACUUAGCUAGAAACUAAAACACA